AGUGCCAGUACCCAUAAGGAGCCGUACACAUGCCGCAGUGUUUGCGUGGCUGUGUCUUUAGUUGGAGCUUGGUACACACCUGGCCGAAAUCACAAACCUGCUACAGGUUUCCUGGAGGAGCGCUUGAGGAACGUCAGGAAGCGCAUGAGAAUGCUGAAACGACCACGCCACCAAGAACAACAGGAGGAACAGACACCUAGUACACCAGAAUCUGAUGUGCCUCCUGAAAAACUUCUAGAAAUGGUUGAAUGGAUGAAGGUCAAUAGGUAUCCAGUGUCCCAAGUUGAGGACUACAUGAAUCAAACAGCUCUACAGAGAGGCAAGUGGAUUCGCAGCAAUGGAUCUAAAAGCCUCCCGGAAAUCUUGACUGAGUUCCCUAGGCUUGUAGACAAUCCUGGCAUGAUAUCACAAGACUUCCAGCAGCUUCAUCCAGAGGCAGUGGGAAAACUGUUUCAGAACUGGGCUACUAUGAGUGACCGAAUCCUUACAUAUGCCCAGCGAGAGGGAAAACUGCCCUUGGUGUUUGAUGACAUGACACCAGACCGAGCUUUGAAAGUCCUGCCGACUCUGCUUCCUCCAUCGGUCUACAAGAUUGGAGGAAAAGUCCACAGACCCACCAUAGAGGAGUCCCGCAAGUCCUUCAUUAAUAUCCAACCAGUGGGGACCAACAUGGUACAGUACCUACAGACAGCAGAGAGAACUCAACCCUUCCCGCACAUCUUGUGUCUUGGUGAUGACAUGACAACAUGCCAGACCUUCACCAUUGUGUCAGACAACGCCAUUGAAACGGACACUUUGCUGGGUGCAGUAGAUCUUUGUUUUAAGGCUUUCUUUGUGUUUGACAUCAAUUACACAAAGCAGUGUCUCCCUACCUGGGAGUUUAUCCAACAGGCAGUAUAUGAAAUUGAUGGACAUGAAUCCUCAAAUGUCAAAUUUUUGAGGACAUCAAUUGCAGCUUAGGCCUAAAAGUACACAGAGAGAGAAGUAGCCUUUUAGUGAUGUGAUUGUGUCAAACAAGUUGACAGCUGCUCUCUAAAAAUAUGAAUGACACAAAACAUGAUUGUAAAACACAGUAGGCACACACUUUAAUUGUGUCAAAACAUUGACACACGUUUACACUGUACCUGCUAGUCCUGUUAAUUCAUUUAUUUUUAUUACUUUACGUGAUUUAAUUUACUUCAUUUAUUUAUUUACCUUGUUAUGUUUGUGUCUGUAUAUAGUUUCUGCCGGGAAGAGAAAUGUUUUAUCUCUAUAUUUAAACAUGUUUUUUUUGUUUGACAAAUGUUGUCUCGUGCAAAAGUAGCGAAAAUAGCUGAUCUGCUCACAAUAUGUCAGCAAAUGAUUUUGUCUCCAUUGUUCUUUUAUAGUGGAAAUGGAAUGUUGGCGAUUUGCCAAAGCUGUUGAAAUGAUCAAUAAAUGCAUUUUUUAUAUA